AUGGAGCGUGAGAUUGAUAGAUGGAUCGGUGCAGCUUCCACAGUUUUGCGGACUCUGUACUGGUCUGUUGUGGUGAAGACAACAUAUGCACCUCUGCGGUCUGAUCUUGUUUUUUUAGGGAACUCUCACUUCCUGGUUGCUGGUGUCUGUUUCCUCUCCAGCCUGUGUUGUGUURCUGUGUUACAGCACAACUCUCCUCCAUCAUCUCUACGGCAGGCCAAAACAAGACCAAACUUUCAACUCUUUCCUGAGUCAGGAGCCAACAUCAUGCAGCAGAUACGAGAUGAAAGUGACUUUGACCAGCUCCCACAUAACAUUCCCAUCAGUGCCACCAUUGCUGACAUUGAGGAGAAGAAAGGCUUCAUUGAUUACUACAGGUUUGUGAUCGAGGUGAAGACUAAAGGAGGGGGCAAGUAUCUGAUCUACAGGAGGUACCGAGAAUUUUUCAACCUUCAUCAGAUCCUCGAGAGCAAAUACUCGCCUGAUAAUCCAGACCGACCUGUUUCUAACACCUGCAUCCUGCCGUCACUUCCAGGAAAAAUCUACAUUGGAAACAAACAGGAGAUUGCAGAGAGCAGAAUCCCUGAGCUCAACACGUACAUGAAGAGGUUGUUGGGUCUACCAACAUGGCUACUACUGGAUGAAGCUCUCAGGAUGUUUUUCUACCAGACAGAUCAAGACAGUCAGCACCAACCGCGAGCCCUCAGACGUCUACGACCACCUACCCGCAAAAUAAAAACUGUCAAACCGAAGAUGGAUCUUUUCUCCUCCCCCAGGGCUGAGGGUACAGUGAACAAUCAAACCGGAAUUUUCCCAGAAUCGUUCGUGAAGAUUAUCAAACCCCUUCCAGAGAGUGACUCUGAAGGUGAAGGUGGAGGUGGAGGCUACACGUACAGCUGCCUGCGCUGCUUCCUGCUCACCCCGUCUGGAGUUGAAACCAGAGAUGUGUGUGUACAAGAGGAUCUCAACAUCCAACCAACACACAAGGACCUGCUGGCUCGCAUGAGGAAUGUCUUCAAGGUGGAAGACAUUGCCCUAAACUACCGGGACCAAGAUGGCGACCUGAUCCGUAUCCUCGAUGAUGAGGACAUCCAGCUGAUGAUCAAGGUGGCCAGAGGUCGGCAGGACCAAGUUAACAGACCUGUCAAUCAGUUUCCAUGGGAGCUGCAUGUGACUAUGGCCUCUGACUUCUCUGUUUACAGCUCUGAAGCUUAAGAUUGAAGGAAGACAGCUGAGAAACAUUAUGAGCUGAGAAUUGUUGCAAAAUUGUGUUUUAUUUGUCUUUAUUUCAAGCUUGAGUAUUCAAGGUUCCUUACAUUUCCUUUAGAAUAAAACAAAUAUUUCAUGCUUUUGUUUGUUUAAUGGUUAUUUUUAUUAUCAGUAAAAGUUAAAUGUAUUUGCAACCGUAAUUGGAAGUUAUUAUUUUUAUGCCUACUGAUUUAACUUCAGAGUUCAGUCAAGGAAAAUGAAGAAAUUCAAAAAAUUUUUUCAUUGAUGUUCAUUGAUGAUUGUUGAUUCUGUUAGAGUCAUACUUUUUUUCAGGAUGUUUGCCUUAUUUUAUUUGUUAAAAUAAAAAGUAUUAUCUUAGAACAACCGACGAGCUGACAAAGCUCAACCUGUCUUUCCUUAAGAAAAAUGUUUACUUUUGCUUAACUGUAAUGUAAUAAGUUCUGCUCCAGCCUGMUCACACAUUCCCAUUUUGUUUGUGUCUUCAUUCACCCUCGCCUCAGGAAACUAAGAUAUUGCUUUUCUUGCCAGUAGAGAUUCACCUUAUUGUUUAUUCUCCUUAUAUUAUUUUAUAACAAUCUCACAUCAUGCUGUGGAAGCUCAGCAUCUUUAAAAGCUGCUUAUUACACCAGAGGGAACYGAUGUGUUUUUCUUAUCUCUAAAUAAAAACAUGUUUAAAGACAGACA